AUUCAGGUUCAAUACUGGCAAAUUAGAUUUCUCUCCUCGCCCCGGUCUGGCCCCUUCCCAACUUCGGAAGAAAUGGGAUAAAUAAUCAGCCUCGGGCGGGUGUGCAGCCGGGAACCAGAGCGCAGCCCGGUGACCCGAGCGCGCGGGGCCCUCGCUGGGCGCCCCCUCCCUCUCCCCGCGCCGCCUCCAGAGCGAGUGACAACGCGCCCUCCGGGCUCGGGAGCGGCGGCGCCGAACGAUCCCGGGCCGGGCUCUCCUAGGCCGCCGGUGACAUCACUCCUAGAGCUGAUUUCCACGCUCCCACCUCUUAGUUUUGUGAGGCGUCGGUCAAUUCGUCUGUCUCUGUCUGUCCGCCGCUGGAGAGGUCUCAUCGCCGGCCUGGGACAGACCCGAGCACCAGGGAGCGACAAGACCUGGAGGAGGGAGAGCGAAGGCAGCGAGGGAAGGAGGCCCCCUCAGGCGACAGCAUGCAGUUCAGCCCGGCGCUCUACCUGCCGCCUCUGCUGCCGGCGCUGGUCCUCAGCACCAGGAAUGCUCCUGCUGCCAGUUAGAAUACAAAAAAACAGAAUGAGUUUUGUUCCAAUUGUAGCAACAAGAAAAACAGACAAAAUAAAUUAAAAUCAUACCUUUCUAUGAAAGUAGAGAAGAGUGGUGGAUUUGAAGAAGCUCACUGAACUGAAUUCCACAGAGAAACUCUUCAGAGAAGAGAAGAGAGCAGCAGCCACGUCCAUCUGGGAGUCAUUGCCGGGUUUGGACUCAGACCACGAUGCCAGGACUGAGGACAGUAAGCACUGGUGGAAUGAACUGUAUGGAAAAAUCCUAACUCAGCUAGCAAUUAUGCCUCUUCACCCCCUGCCCCCGCCGCCCUUGAGUUUAACUGAGAAAGAAACAGUGAGUAAAUUCCUAGUAACUAAAGAGAAGUCACCUUGUCUCAGUCAUUUUCCAAAUGAUUGGAUUCCAAGACUUUUUGGAAUUGAAGCCAGUAGUGAGGUAAACCUACAUGAAACUUUAGCUAAGGCUUCCAGCUUGAAUACAGACACCAUCAAAAGCUAGCAGAACAGAGCAGAGAUCAGAAUAGAGUCAAGAAAUAGACCCAUACUUAUAUGACCCAUUGGUUUCAACAAAAGUGCCAAUGCAAUUCAAAGGGGAAAGGAAAAUAUCUUUAAGAAAUGUUGGAAAAGCUUGAUAUUCAUAUGGAAAGAAAUGAACUGACCCUUGUCAUACACAAACACAGAAAUGAAUUUGAGAUAGAGCAUAGCCUUAAUGUAAGAGUUAAAAUCGUGUAACUUCUAAAAGAAAGAUAGCUGAUGUAGCAGGCUGGCUCUAACCUGUCAUCCCUUACAGUUGUCACACCUGCCAUAGGACAGACAUUGCAACCAUGUCCCCACUAGCUUUAGCCUCUUAUCAGUGACAAGCCCUCACACCUAACCGCGCAUGCAUGGACUGAACCCCGCAGGUUACCCCUGUGCAGUAGCUACGUACAGAAGCCAAGGCUGGGCAAGGGUAAGACCUCAUCUUUCUUCAGGGAGACCAUUCAGGAGACCAGAGAAAUGGCCUUGGGGCUCUUGAGAGCCAAGACAGAAGGGGCAUUUGUGUCGUUCCAUGAUGUGGCUGUGGACUUUACCCAGGAAGAGUGGUGGCUGUUGAACCGUGCUCAGAGGAUCCUGUAUAGGGAUGUGAUGCUGACUACAGCAACCUGGUCUUCUUGCGAAUUCCAUUUUCCAAACCAACACUUGUCAUUCUGCUGGAGCAGGGGGCAGAGCGCUGGAGAGAGGAGAAGGAACAUAUGCUCAGCCCCUGUUCAGCAGAUCCAAAGCUGGAAAUGCAGGCUUAUUCCUCCCCCACUCUGGACCACUGCAGUCAGCAAUUAUGCCAACAGGUGUUCCAUGAUCAUCACCUUCCAGUCUGCCCAGGCUUGUUUGCAGGAAAUCUCCAAAUAGCGGACCUCUGCCCAGUAUAUCAGAAGGAGCAGCAAUUGCAACCACUCUCUUAUGGAAGCUUCUGGAGGGACAGAGUGGAAGGCGAGGUCAGAGAAGGGAGCUCCGAGUCCUGGUUUGGGAGGACAAGGGAGAGCAUUACUUCAAGACCUUUCUCUAGCCCACCUGAAGGACAGCUAAUCAGCUCAUGUGAAGGCAAAACAGUGGUGGAAAUAGGGUUCAGCUCAGCUGAGAAGACAAACUCUUUCCAAAAAGACAAAUUAUUAAAGUGGUCAAUUGUGGAAAUUAUGGGCUAGGCCUUAGCCAGAGGUCAGCCCUCUUCAUUCAUCAGAGGGACGGCUCAGGAGGAAAGCCUUAUUUUUGCAGUGAGUGUAGCUGAAGCUUUCGCUGUAAAUCAGCUCUCAUCACACACAGGAGGUCACACACGGGGGAGAAGCCUCACCUCUGCACAGAGUGCGGCCAGGCCUUCAGCCAGAAGUCAAACCUGGUCACACACCGGAUGGCACACUCUGGGGAGAAGCCUUUCACGUGUGAGGAGUGUGGGCGAAGCUUUAGCCAGAAGUCAACGCUCAUCAGACACCUCAGGACCCACUUAGGGGACAAGCCCUUUGGGUGCUGGGAGUGUGGGCGAGGCUUCAGGGAUAAGUCAAACCUCAUCACACACCAGAGGACCCACUCAUGGGAGAAGCCUUAUGUAUGUGGGGACUGUGGGAGGCUUUUUAGAGAGAAAUCAACUCUCUGCAAACACCAGAGGCUUCAUUCAGAGGAGAAUCCUCAUUUGUGUAAUGACUGUGGCCACAGCUUUAGUCAGAAGUCAUACCUCAUGAAGCACAAGAGGACACACUCGGGAGAGAAGCCUCUUGUGUGCCCGGAGUGUGGACAAGGCUUUACUGAUAAGUCAAAUCUUACCACACACCGGAGGACACACUCAGGGGAGAGUCCCUAUAUUUGUGCGGAAUGUGGACGAGGCUCUAAUGUUAAGUCAGCUCUCAUUACACACCAGAGGACACACUCGGGAGAGAAGCCUUAUGUGUGCCAAGAAUGUGGGCAAGGCUUUAGACAGAAGUCCACUCUUGUUGCCCAUCAGAGGACACACUCAGGAGAGAAGCCUUUUGUGUGCAGGGAGUGUGGGCCAGGCUUCAGACAGAAGUCACACCUCAUCAGUCAUCAGAGGACACACUCUGGGGAGAAGGCUUAUGUGUGCACUGAGUGCGGGCACGGCUUUAGCCAGAAGGCAAAUCUGGUCAGGCACAAGAUGGGCCACUCAAGGGAGAAGCCCUUUGUAUGCAGGGAGUGUGGGCGAGGCUUCAGCCAGAAGGCGGCCCUCAUAAGAUGUGAGAGGACACAUUCAAGGGAGAAACCUGUGUGCAGGGAGUGUGAGCGGAACUUUAGCGAUAAGCUGACCCUCAGCACACAUCAGAGAGCAUACUCAGGGGAAACGCCUUCUACUAGCAGUAAGUGUGGGGAAGGCUUUAGCUGAAAUCACUCCUUUUUAGGCACCAGAGGACACACUUGGUGUAGAGAAGCUUUACGCACAGGGAGUGUAGGCGAGGCUUUAGCAGUAAAUCAUACCUCAUCACGCAAAAAAGGACAACUUUAGGGGAAAUCUCGUGUGUGCAGCAGAUGGACUUCAGAGAGAACUCUCACAGAGGACAAGAGAAGAGCUAUCUGUGUAAAGCAGUAGUUCUCAACUAGAAGCAGCUUUACACCCCGCCACCAGGUGACAUUUGGUGACGUCUAGAGACAUUUUCAUGUCACAACUGGGAGACUGCCACUAGCAUCUAGUAGGUGGAGGCCAAGGAUGCUGCUAAACAUUCCAUGACGCACAGGACAGCCCCCACAACAAAGAGUUAUCCGACCCCAUGAGACUUGGACCCUCUAAGACCAGCUUUGGCUCCAGGGCCCUCGCUCUGCGUUGGCAGGAGUUUUCUCAGACUGUGCUGCAGCUGAGAGGCUCUCACCCAUCCAUCCUUCCUCCCCGCCCCCCUCACAUCUACAUUUGAUGCCUCUCCCUGCCUUCUCUGACUUCCUUCCUGUUUUUUUCUCAGUAUGAUUUUCUCGAGAGUCUCUUGCAUGUCUGAUCCUGUCUUCUUUCUCAGAACACUCCAACUAACACAGUUACAAAGAGAAAAUGAGAACUUUGCAGUGAAGCAACUUGGCCUACGUCACCUUAACAAAGUUAGCCGCUGAUGUUGGGACAGGGUGACGCAAUAGGUCACCUGGUGGGAUUCAAGGAAAAGGAACACUUGUCAGGUGUUGGGUUUUUUUUAAGGUUCCUGCCAAAAAAUGUGUAACCUAAGUCUUAUCAUGAGAACUCAUUGGACAAAGCUAAAUUAAAAAUAUUCUAUAAAACAACUACCCUGUACUUUUCAAAAAUAUCCAGGCCAAGAAAGACCGAUAAACUUUUUUAGAUUAAAGGAGACUCUGAAGACAUGACAACUUAAUACAAUGCUUGAUGGAGGAUUGGAUUCUGGGUAGGUAAGAAUAUAGUCAUAAAAUGCUAGGGAUCACAGAAUAGUGUUUAACCGAUGUUAAAUCAAUGAGAAAUGCAGCGUAGUGUGGUCAUGAAAAUCUUAUCUUUGCUCUGGAAAUAUGCAGAUGAGGUUUUAGGGCUAGAGGGACAUGAUGACGCUAACUUAUUCACAAAUUAUUCAGAAAAAAAAUCUUCUCAAAGUGUUCAUAGAAAACAAAGUGCGUAUAUAAAAUAUAAAUACAUUUUCCGGGGGUGUGAGAAGGAGAGAAGGAGAGAGAGAGAGAGAGUCACUGUUGGUAAAUCCAGUUAAAAGGUAUAUGAGAGUGCCUUUUACUUUUCUUUCAACUUUCCUCUAGGUGUGAUAUUAUAUCAAAAUAAAAACACGGGCAAAAAAGGAAAAAAAAUAAGAAAGAUAAGAUAAGACGCUCCAGCGAUGUUGGGUUUGUUGGUGGUUGGAAUAAUUACAGUUAAAAUUGGACCUGCGACACCAGCCGGUCUCAGCUCCUGGAAAAAUUAGGAAGAUUGGCUCAUAUUCCGUCAGAAAAGGGCUUGCACUCUCUGUGACAUAGCCAUACAUUACUCUCCAACUGGUUCUUUUAAGAUACACAGCGCUCUGAAUAUAAUUCACAAUUACCAGAUAUGGAAUAAAGUAGGAAAAUGUAACCUUACUCAAAAGAACGUAAUAGAAGUAGACCAACAACUCGCCCAGUUAUUGGAAACAGCAGCAAAGGCUUUAAAUCGAUUAUCACCACUAUUUUAAAGAGUUCAGAAGAAAAUUGGUAGGAUAUUUCAAAGAGAAAAUCAAAACUCCAAGAAAAGAACCAAGUAUGAAUACUGAUAUUAAAAUAUGCAAUUUUUCUCCAGACCUACGGAUGCGGUAAAAUUAACUGCCAUUUUCCUGCCAUUUCUUUCAGAAAUAACUUUCAUGGAGUUUGAAAUGAGUGAUUUAAAUGAACCUAGAAAUAGCAUUAGAGGGGAACUACGGCUUUGCAAGUUACUCAUCUCCUCCUUCUUUAGUACUGGAGAACCAGUCACUAAACCCUGAUCUAGUCAACCACGUUGUGAAGAGGCACCAAAUUUAAAAUUUGUUUCUCAUAUUUUGGACUCUAAAUAAAAAUUACGCUACUCCUCUCAACUCUGCCACCUGCUUCCAGAGCGGAUAUGUUUCUAUGAUUCUUGUUUAGAAAUGUUUUUAUUUCCAAAUUUUAAACAGAUUAUUUGCUUUCUCUGAACGCAUCUGCCUAAGUAGUUUUAUUUUUGAUUAAUAUGUUUUUAAAAACUUAUGUUAUCUUCUAAACUGAGCAAGAAUCUUCUGUCUCUCUUUUUCUGUCUCUCUUUUGUUCUCUCUUUCUCUGUCUCCAUCUGUCUCCCUCUCUCUAAUGUAUUUAGACCAACUCUGUCUCCUAAUUUAAGAAAUAUAACAUCUUAGUUUUUGUGACUUCAAUUUCAAAGGAGCAAUAGCUAUUAAAAGUCAUAAAUUUUCAUGGCUGAUCUAUUUUCAUUAAUCAAUAUUCCCAUAUUAAAUUAGGCAGUAAAACAAUGGACUGUCCAGAUGUGAUCCACUUAGUGUUGGCAUUAAAAUGGAUGAAAUUUCCAGGGAAUGAUGAGCUCUGUAUAGAAAAUGAUCCUGCAAUGGAUAUAAUACAAUAAGGAUGUUUUGGGCAACUAUGAUUUGUAUUCCUUUUCUACUUUUCUUUGACAUCAGAGAAUGAUCUGAAUCAAUUUCAGUUCACUGUAGUAUAAAACAAAUAACAUUUAUCACUUUGGGGUUAUUAAAAUUUAUCUAUUUUCUACAUUGGCAGAUGGAUGAGCUUAUAUGAUUUUAUUUAUUUAUUUUUUUGUAUACCUCAAAUAAACCUUUCUGAAACUUAA